AUGAAUAGUAACGGUGAGAACAGUGACGUCGGUUUCGCUGCUGCGAGCGGACAAGAAGAACUGGAUUUUUCAUUUCCAUUUUUUCCCUUCAGUCAACAUGAAAAUUACAAUUUACAGGACGAGCAAGAUGAUCUUGAUGCUCUGUCCCUCUUUGAUGCUAAUCCACCCACCACUGAACAAGCUCAAGUUCCUUAUAGUAAUGUGUCCCACCAUCAAUUCCCCUAUCAUCCUGCACCGUCUGAGGAUUUUCGUUUCCAUCAACACACUGAUUUGCGAGACCUUGUUGGUAGUUCGCUCACCUCCCAGUCCCGCCCUCGCAUCGAGAUUACCUGCUCUGAGCUACUCCAUCAGCAUCGCGAGCACGUUCCAACUGCACCAAUGGACAUUAAUCGGCGUCUUGCCGUACCUUUGUAUCAAUCUCAAGCCUACAGAGAGAACCUGAGUCCAGUGAGCAGUAACUCAUCCGGUCAUUCAGAGAUCUAUUCACCUCAGCCUUCACCCUGUGCCUCACCGGUUCCCUCAGGAGCUGGAGGUUUAGCCACGAUGACUGUGGCUGAGCUAUGCCCCCGGCUCCAGGCCAUUCAUGCCUCUGGCUCACCUCAUACCUCUCCCACAACAUCCCCACGUACCAGCAUCACGGAGGAGACCUUUUUAAACUGUAGGCCAUCAUCUGCCUCCAAUUCACGUCCAGGUUCACGCUCUACCUCUCCUCAGGGAAAACGCACCUACGAGCAAUACCAGAACCCCAGUGUGUUGGUUCCACGUUCUCGAAGCCCCUCUCCUCAUUCAGCACGAGAGGAGCAGGCUGAACCUUGCAGACCAACUGCCAACCUUGAUGAUUUUGUUGACAGUAGGCACCUGGCCAAGCCCAUGCCCACCAAGAUCGGACGACCCAAUCAAGAAUACGCAGUCUACAGCCAAUCAGAGCAGGGAAUCUUUUCUGAAGUGAAGAGGGAAUCAGUAAUGGAGCCAAUUUAUGUCAUGCCAACUUUAAGCUGGCCCAGUCAGCUGCCUACAGGGAUGUGCAGCCAGUCAUUGGUGUCCUUGCCUGCACUGGAGUGGGCACUGCCCAGUAGCACAGAUCAGUAUGAGCUGCUUAUAGAGGUGCAGCCAAGACAGCAUCACAGAGCCCACUAUGAGACAGAAGGCAGCAGAGGAGCUGUUAAAGCAGCUUCAGGAGGACAUCCAGUAGUUAAGUUGCACGGGUACACUGGGCGAGAAGCACUGGCUCUGCAGGUCUUUAUCGGCACAGCUGAUGAGAGAGCCGUGAGGCCACAUGCCUUUUACCAGGUUCAUCGUAUUACUGGCAAAACUGUCACCACAAGCUGCCAUGAGAAACUGAUAAGCGGAUCCAAAGUUCUGGAGCUAACAAUGGAACCCAAAGACAACAUGAGAGCAGUAGUGGACUGUGCUGGGAUCCUAAAGCUAAAGAAUGCUGAUAUUGAGCUCAGAAAAGGAGAGACAGAUGUGGGACGGAAGAAUACACGAGUGCGCCUUGUCUUUCGUGUCCACAUCCCUCAGCCUGGAGGCCAGUGGAUUUCUCUUCAAGUGGCCUCAAAUCCUAUUGAGUGUUCUCAGAGAUCUGCCCAUGAGCUUCCAGCCGUGGAGAGGCAGAGUUUGGACAAGUGUUCUGUGCUGGGUGGUUUGCCAUUGAUCAUAACUGGGCAGAACUUUACGUCUGAGUCAAAAGUGCUCUUUACAGAGAAAACCCAAGAUGGCUUGGAAGUAUGGGAGGCAGAAGCUACAGUGAACAGAGAAAAAAGUCAAGCUAGCGUGCUGUAUGUAGAAAUCCCUCCGUAUCGAAAUCCUAACAUCUACCAUCCAACCAAAGUCAACUUCUAUGUGCUAAACGGGAAGAGGAAGCGUAGUCAACCACAACACUUCACCUACAUGCCUUUAACAGUUCCGCUUAUAAAGGCAGAGCCAGUGGACGAGUACCAAUAUGGGCAGCUUGACUGCAUGUCUCAGGUCUUAGGAAUCUCUCCUCAGUCGUGUCGUUACACCACCCAGCUUCCUAACAGCUGCUAUGCCAUGCCAUACCAGGUUACCCAAAGGACCAGCAGCCCUACCAUGUACCCACCAGCCUCGGAUUAUCAGCUUCAGCAGACCUCAGUUCUUUACCAAAGCCAAGUUGAAGCCCUCAGCAGCAGUCCGGGCCACUACCAGCAUCCUCUGGACCACCCAGCACCCAGAGGCCCAAAUCUAACCUCUCAUCUAAAGCCCAGCAGCUACCAGCAUAUAGUAGCUGGUCACAAUUACCAGGCUUCUGGGUCUGUAUUUACAGGCAUGGAUGUGGCCAAUCAGAGAGGUUUUAGCCAAAUAUCAGCCCCUGCAUUGCAGAACUACAGUCAGCAGCAGCAGCCUGUGGAGCAUCAAAGAACUAGCAGUCCUGUGAGAGUCAAGAAGGAAAAUCUGGACCAAGCUUAUCUGGAUGAUGUGAAUGAAGUUAUCAGGAAAGAUCUGACUGUUCCAUCCAGCAAACAAUAAUGAGUCUUCCUUCAGGUGAAAGCUAUAGCCUCAUAGCCUCCACAUCUGCACAAGUUUAUCAUUUCAUAUCUGUUUUACAGGAGCAAUAAUUAAUCAUUGUUAUGUGUAAUCAUAACCACACAUAUUGGUAACCAUUAAAGAGUAAAACAAAUAGCAGAUUCAUGUAUUGUCUUA